CUAACGGGGAAAUAAUGCUUUUGCUUUUUCAGGAACCCCACUUGCUGUUUGCCUGUCUGACUGAAAUCCUACAGUUACCAAAAGUAUCCGACGUGACAUUGUGCAGCAAUUGUUAACAUGGUAUCUCAAUCUUUUCUCCAGCAGUUGUUAUGCCUGUUGGUUAUGGCGUCAGCAGAAAUUCGACAAGAGUUGUAUUCAGUUGUACGUGGAUAUCGUUUGACAAACACACCUAUGUUGACCGUGAACUACAAACCAACUAAACGGUCUGCAACAUGGUGUCUCAAGCACUGUCUGGCUUUGUACUGCUCAAGUACUUCGUUCAGUCAAACUGAGGGUAUUUGUGAACUCCACAGCCUGAAGUUAUACGAUGGUGAUUCAACAUAUGUGGAAAGCGGCGAUUGGAUUUAUAUGGAGCCCAGAUCAGAUGUGUUGACCUGGGACGGCUGGAAAGUGGUGUUUCGGGGCCAGAAAGAUACAGGGACGUCCAUCUACUCAGCAUGGUUGAACGACAGCCUCUACCACGACCACCCACUUCUACCACCUCGACUGAAACCUGGCUGUUUCUCACCAAACACGUCUCGGCCAUGUGACGAUCAUUUCAGAAGCAAGAUUAUGUCUGCAUGGGAAACGGCUGGUAUACAGCUGGUGAAAGUUCUACUAAUGAAGAACAGUCGCGUUCGGAGCGAAAUUAUUUUUGAUGGGACUGGUACUACCAAGACGUCCUGGUUUACGGAGACGAGGGUGAUUAAUUCAACAUGGACGGAUCUCACGACGUCAACUUUCAAUUAUUUCAGCAUCGAAGGACAUCCAGACACUCGUCGCUUCUUAAUCAGCAACCGUUACAAUGGCUGUCCUAACGAUAUAAUGUGGAUGAUGGUAAUCGAUAGUAAUGAGUCCAUUCAUGCAUGUCAGUGGGAUCACCCAGCAACCGCACCCAAGUUCCUCUACACCCCGAAAAGUACGAAGACCAUCACGGGAACGCUGACAGAUUUCGAGUACGGAGAUGCAAUGGUGAUUCUUGUUAAACUGGGCAACUAAGGCCACGAAAAGCCCUUUUCAGUUACUUCUUGCCUAUUACUUAAUGAAGAGCUACAAGUCAGUGAUUGGUUUAUCAUUACGCCUUAAAAAACAACAAUGAACUGCAUCAACCCAUGGACGCAGCUUAUUAUCAUAGAGAUCCCCUUUGCCCAAAUUAGAAGCAUCAGUGGCAUGAAUUAAGUCUUGUUCUGACUUGUUCAGGUGAAUAAAUGACUUACUUCUUCUGUAUGUGUUUUGUGGGGGCG